AUGGUCACCCCGAGUUAUUUGCGCGACUCGCGGAGCGACGAGGCAAGUCUGAAUUCGGAAACUCUCGCGUUCCUCCUCGCGAAUCCCGCAGCUGCGCUGGCGACAUUGUCGCAGACGACCGCUGCGUCUGGCGACGACGCAUGUUGGGAAGCGUCGGAGACUCCGGGUCGCGGGUUUAGGGAGCCUCGAAGGCUGCGUGCACCAGGCGGCGGGAGUUGCGGGCUGCAGUUGGCGGUCGCGGAGCAGCUGGACCAGCUGCAGCGCGAGGAGCGCCUCGAUGAGUGCGAACGGCGCGACGCGCGAGAUUGCGAUCUGGGGACGCGGGGCGGUGCGACGGGAGAGCAGCGGGAAACCGGGCGAUACGAUCAGUUUGAGAGGGCGGCCAGAACGGACGACACGUGUCCUCCACACGCGAGGCCGUCGCCGCUGUUAUCACUCGCACCCGACUUCCGCGAAUUCCGCGCAGGUGGAAGGGGAGGUGGGGUGUUUGGCGACGAUCGCAGUGCGGGCGCCCCUGCGGCCGACCAUGGUCGCAGGGAGGAGGGAGCGAGUGAUCUGUCCGAUCGUGACAGUAACAGAAGUGCGUAUCGCAUCGACGGCUCUUUGUUUGGGAAAUAUACUCAGGCGCCCAUAGCGUCGCAGCAUCUCGUGGAUGGUAUCGGGAUAAGCAAUAGCGGGGAUGCGAGCGGGAGCAGGGGGGAGCAGAAUGUGUGGAGUCCGAGCAUCAGUAGAAGCCGCAGCGGGAAUGAGCGCGGGUUCGGAGGCAAGGGGGGGAUGAGCAUGAGCGGCGGGACCAUGGCGCCUCCCCCUCGCCCUGCGUCUGCCGCCAUUGGUAAUCCCAAUGCCACCGCUGCCGCCGCAGCCCCUGGGGGAGCCGCGGGCAUUGGUGGUGCUGCUCUGGGCAGCGAUGACGUGGCUCACGCAGGCGACAGCACGCACCGGGAUCCGCUGGGGACUGCAGCCGCUGGGCAGGCGCCACGUGGCAGCAGAUCGAAGAGCGUUGGUCAGAUGCAGGCGGCUCGGAUUCUGCAGGCGCUGGAGCACGGCGCGCGGGAGAGAGUGAAGCGGCGGCGCACGCAGCAGAAACAUCUGGAGCACUUGCAGGUGCAGCAGCAGCAAGAGGAAGGGCAAGGGCAAGAGCAGCAGCAGGGUGGUCUUCAUGGUUUUGCACUACUGACCUCGCCCCUCUCCGUCUCCUCCACUCCCCCUCUUGCACCCACUGCUGCCCCGUUACACACCACCGCGCACGCAGCACCUCAUGCAGCGCAAAUACCCCUGGUUCCUAUUGGAUGGGGUCACGCCCCCCCUGCACCUGUGGCGGAGGCGUGGGGAGGCGCGCAAGGUCGCAGCGAGGGCGAGGCGGAGAGGCGGCGGCGGGAGCAGGAGCGGGUGGCGUUUGAUUGGAGCGAGAAGGGUCCGCGGAGCCACAGCGAGGCGGAGAAGCGGAGGCGCGAGCGCAUCAACCAGCAGCUGGGCGUGCUGCGCGCGCUGCUGCCAGGCGCGAGCAUGGGGAAGGCGGACAAGGCGAGCGUGCUGGCGGAAGCAGUGGCGCAGCUGCGGGCGCUGAGGGCAGGCUUGGGGGAAAGUUGUGGGGAGGAGGGAGAGGGGGAGGAUGAGCGGGAGAAAGGGCAGCAGGGCUCGGGGAAGCAGGAGGGAGCAGAAGAGGAGGCAGGGGAGGGGCAGAGAGCAGAGGUAGUGGGAGAGGAGGGAGCAGAGAGAGCAGAACGAGCAGCAGGAGCAGCAGCAGGGUUUGUUGCUUCCAGCCUGCUGGCAUGUGGCAAGGUUCCUGAAGCCACUCCGAGGGAGGACGAUGCAGUGGAGGUACAUCUGGUAUGGGCGCAUGUGGAGGAGGGGGAGAGGGGGGAUGAGGUGGGAGAGGAGGUGAGGGAGGAUACGGAGGAGCAGGGCGAGGUGGACCGGAAGGGAGGAGAGGGGCUGGCGGGGCGCAAGAGGAGGCGAGGGAGUGAGGGGGAGAGGGCGGUGUGUGUGUGCAUUUGGAGCGAGGACGGGGAUGGUCUGCUGCCUGCCAUCCAGACGGCCCUCAAGGUAGGACUAACACCUUACAUGAUUUCAUUUAGAGAUUGUGCAUGGAGUAGACUCCCUCAGAGUCCAUGUGCUUCUCAUGCCACGUCUGCCUGUAGCCCUGUUGGUCCCUCCUCCCAUUUCUUCUCAUCUAGCCUUGUCCCAACCACUCACUCUGACUGUCAAUUUCCUCUCCCCUCCUUCCCUUGCCGCGCCCACAGCCCUUCCCUCUGCGCCUCGCCAGCCUCGAGUCUGCCUCCUGUGGUUCGCGUGUCGCUCACGUGCUGCUUCUGCACGCCAGCCCUGCUCCGGCUGCUGCUACCUGCUGACACCGGCCCUGCUGCAUCCCUUGCAUCCGCUCCUGUUGCUCCUGAUUUCGAGCCUGGAUUGGCUGCUCGCCCUCCUGGUGCUGCUCCUGCUGCUGCAAUUGGUGCUCCAAUUGGUGCUCCUGGCUCAUCAGCAGCUGCAGCGACUGAACAGGAGCAGCAGCAAGAGGGAGUGCACAAGUGUGGGGAGGAUGUUUCAUGGACAAGAGCUGCGAGUGGGGAAGGUGGGGUAGCUCAGUAUGUGCGUGAGGUGCGGGCAGCUGUGGUGGAUGUGAUGGCACGGUGGAGGCGAGGGGAAAUGGUCCGUGGCGGUGUGCGAGGAGGAAGUGAAGGUUACCGUUUGGGCUUUCAAGAAAAAUAA